AUGCCGUCCAAAAACCCCAAUGGCUCUUCCGGCCAGGUGAGCCACCGGUUACGCAACUUCUUCCGCAUCAACAGCCCGGCCCCCGGUGACAAGGACAAGAAUGCCUCAGCGUCGGCAGCCGCCACCUCCGCCCCCAGCAUCACCGUCAACACUGCCACCGACAACAUCGUCAGUCCUAAGCCCUCGCGCCACACAAAGUUUUUCAGCAAUACCGUCGGCCGACUUCGCGCCCAUACUGUCGCUAGUGAGGGCAACCAGCUCGAGGAGGCCAUGAGCCCGACCGCCCACGCCAACCCCUACUUUGUCCACCAAGGCCAACCCGGCCUCCGCCAUCACAACGACGGCUCUGUGCCUCCAAGCCCACCCGACACCCCGUCACUGCAAGUCACCGGCCCCGAUGCUCCCGGUGCUGGAGAGCAUGCCACUGCAGAGACCAAGGAGGAGCUAGCCCGUAGGCUCAGAAGGGUCGCCAGCGCUCCCAACGCCCAGGGCAUGUUUGUCAACCACGCUGAUAAGGUCGCCGGUAUCGAUGGAGAACGCCCAGGCACGGCCGAGCUCGGCAAGGAUCCCGUCUUCCAGAGUUCCGACUCCGGCAAGGUUGGUCUCAUCAGCUCCGCUGCUGCCGGCCACGCGCUAGCCCAAGCUCACACCGCCGGAUCGCAGGACGACGACACCCUCGGCGCUCUCCCGCCCCCCAAAGCCACCAAUGCCUCUUUCCGCCGAACCUAUAGCUCCAAUUCCAUCAAGGUCCGGAAUGUUGAAGUUGGCCCUUCUAGCUUUGACAAGAUCAAACUCAUCGGAAAGGGAGACGUUGGCAAGGUCUACCUUGUCCGCGAGAAGAAGAGCAAUCGCCUAUACGCCAUGAAGGUCCUGAGCAAAAAGGAAAUGAUCAAGCGUAACAAGAUCAAGAGAGCCCUUGCUGAGCAGGAAAUUCUAGCGACAAGUAACCAUCCGUUCAUUGUCACCCUUUACCACUCUUUCCAGUCGGAGGAGCACCUCUAUUUAUGCAUGGAGUACUGCAGUGGUGGUGAAUUCUUCCGUGCUCUACAGACUCGCCCCGGAAAGUGCAUUCCGGAAGACGAUGCGAGAUUCUACGCUGCCGAAGUCACGGCUGCCCUGGAGUACCUGCAUCUAAUGGGCUUCAUCUACAGAGAUCUCAAGCCUGAAAAUAUUCUUCUUCACCAGUCUGGACACAUUAUGCUUUCCGAUUUCGACUUGUCAAAACAAUCCGACCUCGGCGGCAAACCAACCAUGAUUGUCGGCAAGAAUGGCGCAAGAACCGACGCACUGCCCACCAUCGACACUAGAUCAUGCAUCGCCAACUUCCGCACCAACUCUUUCGUCGGCACUGAGGAAUACAUUGCGCCAGAGGUUAUUAAGGGUAGUGGCCAUACAAGUGCUGUCGACUGGUGGACGUUGGGAAUUCUCAUUUACGAAAUGCUUUACGGCACUACCCCUUUCAAGGGCAAGAACCGCAAUGCCACUUUUGCCAACAUUCUCCGCGAGGAUAUCCCCUUCCCCGACCACGCUGGUGCUCCGCAGAUCUCAAAUCUCUGCAAGUCGCUCAUCCGAAAGCUGCUUAUCAAGGACGAGAAUCGGCGACUCGGCGCUAGAGCCGGUGCCUCCGACAUCAAAGUCCACCCCUUCUUCCGCACCACGCAAUGGGCUCUCAUUCGACAUAUGAAGCCACCGAUCGUUCCUCAUGCCGGCCGCGGCAUCGAUACUGUCAAUUUCCGAAACGUCAAGGAGAGCGAAAGCGUCGAUAUCAGCGGCGCCAAGCAGAUGAAGGGUGUCCCGCUGGACAGUGGGCUGUCUACACCAGGCAAUGAAAUCGCGGAUCCGUUCCUCGAGUUCAAUAGCGUCACCCUGCAUCAUGAUGGCGAUGACCACGGCCAUCAUGAGCACCACACCUACCAAAACGGCAUCCAAGCGUAA